AUCAAGGCAUAGAGCUCGAAGUCUUAAGAGCAAAAUUCAGCUCCAAAAAUGGGAAUUUUACUGGUUUUCUUAGCCACAUUUGCCUUAUCACUCACAAGUUCAGAGUGUUCAUUCUCCAUAACUGGAUAUGAUCCUAAGGACUUGUCGGAAGAGAGGCUCUCUAGCUUGUUUGAAACUUGGAGGCAAAGGCAUGGAAAAAUAUACAGGCACCAAGAGGAGAGAGAGAGAAGAUUUCAGGCUUUUAGAGAGAACCUGCUGUUCAUUGAUGCGACGAACAGGAACACGAGCAGUAAAUCUCGGCACAGGGUUGGGCUCAACAAGUUUGCAGACAUGACCAACAAGGAAUUUAAGGAGAUUUAUUCUUCCAAGAUAAAGAGACCGGGGAACAGAGAGAGAGCUGGGGCCGGUGCCAAAUCGCAGGCGGCAUCUUGUGAGGCGUCGUCCUCACUAGAUUGGAGGAAGAAAGGAGCAGUAACCGGAGUGAAGGAUCAAGGGAAUUGCGGGAGUUGCUGGGCAUUUUCUGUUACGGGAGCAAUUGAAAGCAUAAACGAAAUAGUCACAAGCGAGCUGAUAAGCCUAUCUGAGCAAGAACUGGUAGACUGUGACUCCACCAACGAUGGGUGUGAUGGAGGUUACAUGGAUUAUGCAUUUCAGUGGGUCAUUCAAAAUGAAGGGAUCGACACCGAAUCCGAUUACUCCUACACAGGACAAGAUGGCACUUGCAACACGGAAAAGGAGGAAAAGAAAGUGGUUUCGAUCGAUGGUUAUGAAGAUGUUGAGGAAGAAGAGAGCGCUCUCCUCUGCGCUGUCGUUAACCAGCCCAUCAGCGUAGGGAUCGAUGGAUCUGCCAUUGAUUUUCAACUCUAUUCUGGAGGCAUCUACGAUGGGCUAUGCUCGAGCAACCCAGACGACAUCGACCACGCCGUCCUGAUCGUUGGAUAUGCCUCUCAAGGUGAUGAGGAUUAUUGGAUUGUAAAGAAUUCAUGGGGCACAAGCUGGGGUAUCAAUGGCUACAUAUACAUACGUCGCAACACUGACCUCGAAUAUGGUGUUUGCGCCAUCAAUUCCAUGGCUUCAUACCCCACAAAGGAGUCCACAUCCCCAAGCCCUAUGCCAUCACCUGGUGCCCCACCCCCUCCAUCAACAACACCACCACCACCACCUCCACCGCCACCGCCACCACCACCAACACCACCCUCACCUCCAGGUCCUUCUCCAGUGAUUUGUGGAGACUUCUCAUAUUGUGAUUCCGGGGAGACAUGUUGCUGUUUAUUGGAACUGUAUGGAAUUUGUUUGGAGUACGGGUGUUGUGAAUACGAGAAUGCCGUGUGUUGCAAGGGCACCAUCUACUGCUGCCCUGAGGACUAUCCUAUCUGCGAUGUCCUGGACGGACUUUGCCUCCAGAGCUAUGGAGACUAUGUUGGGAUAGCCAUGAAGAAACGAAAGAAGGCACAACACAAGCUCCCAUGGUCAAACCCUGAUGAAGCCAAACUGAGAUCACAGAGCCACUACCAACCUCUCCAAUGGCGCAGGAAUGGAAUCGCAGCGGAAUAGUCACAUGGUGGGUCUAUUUCGAGUUCAAUGAUUUGCUUUGGUUUGAUCGUGAUGGAUAUUUUACAAUUUUUGUUGUUUCUUCUUAUUUUUGUGGGGCCGGAACUGAAGGGUGCAAGUCAGAAAGCGUUUCAUGUUGUUAUUUUGAUUAUCCAAGCAUGGCCGCAUUCAUGGAUUGGCUGACUUGGAUAUUUGAGAAAUAAAACUGUUUACCAUGAUAGACCACUCAUGUCCCUCAAAA